AUGAGUGAUAAGGGUGAAACGGAAGAUAAUGAGAGGCAAAAGAUCAAACACUUGGAUACAUCUGUUGUAAACAGAAUUGCUGCAGGAGAAAUUAUAAUACAGCCAGCGAAUGCCUUAAAGGAACUCCUAGAAAACUCGAUUGAUGCUAAAUCUACAAUGAUUGACAUCCUUAUAAAAGACGGUGGAUUAAAACUAUUACAAAUAAGUGACAAUGGGCACGGUAUAGAUAAAGAUGAUAUGAGCCUUUUAUGUGAACGGUUUGCCACAUCAAAGUUAUCCAAAUUUGAAGAUUUAGAGAGUAUUGCAACAUAUGGAUUUCGAGGAGAAGCUUUAGCGAGUAUUUCCCACAUCGCAAGGCUUUCUGUAAUUACUAAGACAAAAACCUCUCCGUUAGCACACAAGGCUUAUUAUUUGAAUGGUAAGUUGGCAAAUGCAAAUUUCAAACCUGAUGUAUCUAAUAUCGAACCUAAGCCUAUAGCUGGAAAAGAUGGCACUCAAAUUAUAGUCGAAGAUUUGUUUUAUAACGUUCCUUCCAGACUAAAGACAUUAAAAUCUAAAAAUGACGAGUUCUCCAAGAUCUUAGAUGUGAUAGGAAGGUAUGCAGUUCAUACAGAUGGCGUAGGAUUUAGCUGUAAAAAAUUUGGUGAAUCAUAUCAAGUGCUUGUGACGCGCCCUACAAUGUCCCUAACUGAAAGGAUGCGUACAGUAUUUGGACCUGAAGUUGCUAACGAAUUAAUUGAUUUGGAAAUAAAAGGAAACGACCCGACAGAAGAAGAAGAUUAUGCAGCAAAAUAUGGGUUGAUCAGAGUAUCGGGAGCCAUAACGAAUUCAAACUAUAAUAAUAAAAAGAAAAUUCAACCAGUCUUCUUUAUUAACCAUAGACUAGUUACUUGUGAUCCUUUGAAAAGGGCUAUCAAUUCUAUUUAUCAAUUUUUUUUACCAAAGGGAAACCAACCUUUUAUGUAUUUGAGUUUGGUAAUUAAACCUCAAAACCUUGAUGUUAAUGUUCACCCCACUAAAAGAGAGGUAAGGUUCUUAUAUGAAGAUGAAAUAAUAGAGAAAAUUAGUGCAAAAGUACAUCAGUUGUUAUCGAGUAUUGAUUCUUCAAGGAAGUUUAAAACGCAAAAUGUAUUAUCAAAUAGGCAAGACCUCAAAAGGUCAAAUGAUGAGUUUGCAGGAUUAUCCCGAGAAGACACACUUAAUCAAUCCAUAUCACAACCAGCAAAGAAAUAUAGACAAGAGAACAAAUUAGUACGGGUUGAUGCACAACAAUCGAAGCUCAACACAUUCUUGACAGGCCAAACAGACAGUAAUUAUCAUGGACAAAUGACGAAAGAAUUUACUCAACCCAAGACAACACAAGAAGGAAUUCCCGGUAGUACUGAAAAUGAAUACAUCGAACCUGGGUUGGAUACUCAGGCUAAAGCCAAUAACAGCGUAGAUUUACAAAGCCUUAAUUUCACUUUUGAUUCACAAUAUCAAGUAUCUGAGAAGAAAAGAAUGCAAGUUAACCUUGAGAGUAUACUAAGCUUAAGGCAAGAGAUAACAGAUAAAGUACACAAACCUCUAACAAACAUAUUCAAUAACUCGUCUUAUAUUGGUAUUAUCGACGAACUGAGAAGACUUUGCUGUUUCCAAUUUGAUGUGAAACUAUUCAUGUGCGAUUAUUCCGCUAUACUUUACGAAUUUUUUUAUCAAGCUGGCUUGUCUGAAUUCUGUAAUUAUGGUGAGAUUACGUUAACGGAGCCAUUGGCACUAGAUAAAAUUCUUGAACCGUUGUAUGAUUCUUCAUUAAAUGAUGAAAAGAAAUUGCAACAAAAAGAAGACGUCAUUCUGAAGAUAAUGCAUAUGAAGGAUAUGUUUAGGGAGUAUUUUCAAAUAAAGCUUACUUAUAAUGAAGAUGGGAAGGCUUCAAUUCUUACGCUUCCAUUGCUUUUAAGAAACGUUAAGCCGUAUUUAUCAAAAUUACCAUAUUUCAUAUAUAGACUAGGGUCUCGUAUAAAUUACGAAGAUGAAAAAGAAUGUUUGAGUGGGAUACUAAAAGAAAUUUCGUUGUUGUAUGUGCCUGAGUCUAUUUCAAAUGAAAUCAGCCUAGAGGAUACUACUAGUAUAUCAGACAAACGUGAGCAGACCCAAGAAUACGAGAAACAGGUAAAUGUUGUAAAAAGAAAUGAGCUUGAUCAUGUCUUAGAACAUACCUUAUUUCCCACUCUUAAACAAAAGUUCAUAGCUACAGAUAAAAUCCUUGGUUCCGUAGUUCAAAUUGCAGAUUUACCUGGAUUAUAUAAAGUAUUCGAAAGAUGUUAG